CGGUAAUCCGGCCCUUCCUUCGGUCGGAGUGAGAGUCGGUCAGCAGCUGUGAGCAAACGUCUGCGAAACAUGGCAGGUUACCUCAAGGUCCUCAGCUCCCUCAGCCGUUCCGUGGCCGCUCUAUCUAAAAGCCCUGCAGUCCUCGCCCCAGCUACGUGCCAGAGUUUGCAGCAGAGGAACUAUGCUGACAAACGCAUCAAGGUGGCUCAGCCAGUGGUGGAGAUGGACGGAGAUGAGAUGACCAGGAUCAUCUGGGAGUUCAUCAAAGAGAAGCUUAUCCUGAGCAACGUUGAUGUGGACCUGAAGUACUAUGACCUGGGUCUACCUUACCGUGACCAGACCGACGACCAGGUCACUAUCGACUCUGCCUUGGCCACCAAGAAGUACCAUGUUGCUGUCAAAUGCGCCACCAUCACUCCUGAUGAGGCUAGGGUUGAAGAAUUUAACCUGAAGAAAAUGUGGAAAAGCCCCAAUGGUACCAUCAGGAACAUCCUGGGUGGCACAGUCUUCCGUGAGCCAAUCAUCUGCAAGAACAUUCCCAGGCUAGUUCCUGGUUGGACACAGCCCAUCACAAUUGGCAGACAUGCAUUUGGUGACCAGUACAGAGCAACAGACUUUGUCAUCAACAAACCUGGCAAAUUUAUGAUCAACUUCAUCCCAUCCGACGGGAGCAAAGGUCAACAGUGGGAGGUGUACGAUUUCCCAGCCGGUGGCUGUGGAAUGGGAAUGUACAACACCGAUGAGUCGAUCACUGGCUUUGCUCACAGCUGCUUCCAGUAUGCCAUUCAGAAGAAAUGGCCUCUGUACAUGAGCACCAAGAACACCAUCUUGAAGGCUUAUGAUGGACGCUUCAAGGACAUCUUCCAGGAAAUCUUUGAGAAGAACUACAAACCUGAGUUUGACAAGUUGAAGAUCUGGUAUGAGCACAGGCUCAUUGAUGACAUGGUGGCUCAGGUUCUGAAGUCCUCAGGUGCUUUUGUUUGGGCCUGCAAGAACUACGAUGGAGAUGUGCAGUCAGACAUCUUGGCUCAAGGUUUUGGCUCUCUGGGUCUGAUGACCUCUGUGCUUGUGUGUCCUGAUGGGAAGACCAUUGAGGCUGAGGCAGCACACGGCACAGUCACCAGGCACUAUCGUGAGCAUCAGAAGGGAAGGCCAACCAGCACUAACCCAAUUGCCAGCAUCUUUGCCUGGACCAGGGGACUGGAGCACAGAGGCAAGCUGGAUGGAAACCCAGACCUGAUUAGGUUCUCUCAAACUCUGGAGAAGGUGUGCGUGGACACCGUGGAGAGUGGGGUCAUGACCAAGGAUUUAGCUGGCUGCAUUCAUGGCCUGUCUAAUGUGAAGCUCAAUGAGCAUUUCGUCAACACCACAGACUUCCUGGACGCAAUCAAGACCAACCUUGACAAGGCCCUGGGUAAAUGAAGGAACACAGGAGGCCGGUGAAAAGCGUCUUGUCUUUUUUUUUGUACCUCAUUUUUAACUUAAAAGGUCAUGAUAACCACAAGCAUUAAGCCUGAAGGGAUAAGUUAAAAUAACAAAAGCUAGAAGUUCUCUGUGUAGCAGUGCUGUUUGGAUAUUCUGUUGGCUGACGUGUUGGAGCCAUCAGUCCACUCCAUCAUCCAUCUCACAACUCCAAGGUUUUAUUUUUGUAAGAUGAAGUACUGUAUGUCCAUACUGUAUUAUAUCAUGAAAAAAAAUGAUAAAGGGCCAUUUCAGAAACCCUCUAAUAAAUUUGUUUAAACCUC